AUGGAUUCUUGUGUGACUCUCGAUUAUCCGGUGGAGUUGCAUAGAGCCCAUAAUGGUUAUCCACUGAAACCCCCGAAAAAAAGGAAAUGGAGAAAGAAUAGAUGUCAGGUUAUCAAAAAAAGAUGGCGGAUGAGUUUGGGCUAAAAAAGAGUGAAACCAAACUGGUAUUGACGCUGUAGGAUAAGAAAAACUAUUUUGUUCAUCACAGACAUUUGCAGUUUUACCUCAAGCUUGGAAUGAAACUCAAGAAGGUACAAAGGACGUUGGAGUUCGUCCAAGAAUGCUAGAUGGAGCCCUACAUACGGAUGAACAAAGAACUCAGGAAUCACGCAACAAAUGAAUAAGAAAAGACCUUUUACAAACUCAUAAACAACUCUGUGUUUGGGAAAAUGCUGGAGAACAUGCGGAAGCGUGUACACAUAAAAAUUAAUGAGUCCGCAGUGAUGACAGUGAAAAGAUUCGAAAAUUGAUCGUAAGUACCUUUUUCGCUGGGUUCACGAAGUUUUCCAACAACCUUGCAGGAUUCAGCAUGCCCAAGGAAAGUGUGAGGCUGAACAAGCUCGUUUAUGCAGCGAUGACGAUUCUUGAUGAUGGCAAAACCCUGAUAUAUGAUUUUACUACAACACGCUCAAAAAGCAGUACGGUGCUAAAUGUGAACUCAUAUACACAGAAAGACUUUUGUUGGAGAUUCAAACGGACGUUGUCGACAAUGAUAUGGAAGACAAAAAGUAUUUGUACGAUACCAGCGAUUAUCCCAAAGAUUAA